AAGCUAACUUCUCGAAGAACUUCUCGAUUCAUCAAGUUGCAACUUACUCAAUGGUGUCGAUUAAAAUGCACACAAAUUUUGAGUGUUUCCAAACGAUUCUAGGUCAAUGUCAGUAGUUAUAACCAUAUGUUAGCAAAAAAAUGUAACUAUCAUUGUAAGAGUUCGCUUUGGGAAAUUUUUCCAAUUUUAGUUAUUUGGUGAAAAGUUCACCCAGUAUAUUUUGGAAACCAUAUUCUUAUACCGAUCCUAUGAAAUUCACUUUCACGUGUAUGUAUUUUAUAGUUUCCCGAACUUGUCCAAAUGUUUUUUACCACCACUAUUACCAAGAUAUUAUGAUCCUUUGUGUGAACUAUGAUAACCAUCACGUUUUUAUCACAAUAUUGCACGAAUUCACAUGAACCCUCACAAGUUUAAAUGCCGAUGUCGUCGACUGAUCGCCACCGAUCGAAUUGUGUUACGCUCCGCCCGUUGAAUAGGAAGAUGUACAAAAGGGGGAAAAACACAGAGAAAUUAUAUCAUUGUAAUCAAAAUGUUUUCAUUCUCUUCAUCUAUCAUUUUCUAUGUUUUUCUAAUCCUAAUUGUGAACUUAAUUGGCGAGAGUCAUGGUUUCACAUUAUAUCGAGCACAGAAACCAAGUCAUCAUUCUGGAUCCGAUAGUCGAAACAAAUCUGAAAAUGUGGAUCUCGACGAGACGGACGGUGACUCGUUCGAUCGAAUGAGAAGUGUGCUUGGAGGAAUGAAUCCAUCUUUGGGAUUGAUGCAUCGUAUCAGAUACCGCGAGAAAUGACAGACGUCGAGGCUCGCGGAAAAAUAUUUACGACUUUCUGAUCUCAAGACUUCGUGGUAUCAUGGGAAACAUAUUGAUGCUAUUGAUUUUGUUAAUAAUGAUAAGAGAAAUGAAGAAAAUUGAUGAUUGUUUUGAGUUUCAAAUUGUUUAUUUUCUCAGAAGACACAUGAAAGAUUCGUGAUUUG